UAGUAGGUGUACCGACAAUGUUUAAAUUAUUACCCGCUUAGUGCGCCGUAAUCCAUGUGACCCGAUAAAUACAGUGACUGCGUAACUUUGCUGGUUAUAUUUUGUUGACAGUUGUAUAUCUGCGGAGAAGCAUGCGCACGAACUGGAGAGAUUGCAAGGCCUGGAAUGACAAUGCACUGUCCAUGUCCACGCCGAGUAACGAAGCGUGCAAAUUAUUCGAUGCUUCAUUGACACAGUCGUGUGGAAUGUAUGAUGAACCGUCGGUUGGUGGACUUUAUAAGAGUUUGCAAGAUAUGCUUGCGGCUGAUCCAGAUUUUGUCAUGGGUAAUGUACUUUAUAACAACAUGUUACUGGGAGGAUCUGAAAAACCUCUGCACCUAAAUCACGAAUUACAAGAGAAACUUGCACAACUGAAUGGGUUGAAGGAGAAGGUGAAGUCGAUUACGGAGAGAGAGGAAAGACACAUAGAUGCUACCUAUCUGUAUGCCCAGGGGAAGAGGUAUGAAGCUAUUCAGGCCUGGGAGGAUAUUCUAAUAGAUUACCCAACCGAUAUGAUGGCUGUACGACAGACGUUUCUAGGAAUGAUCAGUCUGGGACGACAGCAAGAAAACAAAGACAUCCUGACGAGGGUGUUGCCACACUACACUGUUCAAACACCCGGAUAUAGUACAGUUUUAGGGUGGCAGGCGUUUUGUUUAGAAGAGAAUAAUUAUUAUGACCUUGCAGAGAAGGUGGCAAAGAAAAGUCUGGAUUUAGAACGCCACGAAACAUACGCAUCUCAUACGCUAUCACAUGUAUACCUGAUGCAGGGCCUGCAUGAUAAGGGACUAGAUUUUAUGUUGUCUACAGAGAGUGACUGGAACAAAUGCCAGUACCUCGCCUGCCACAACUACUGGCACGUAGGAAUAUUUUAUGCAGAAAAGGGAGAUUUUGACUCGGCAUUAGAAAUAUUUGACUCUCAGGUUGGAGUCCGGACACAGCAGUCAAAAAAUGAUUUCAACUUUACCGAUGCCGCACAUCUACUGUACAGGUUAAGGCUUGAAGACGUUGACGUGGGCAGUCGAUGGUCAAUGUUGGAUGAAACAAGCAGAAUGUACAUGUAUGGACAUGGUAUCAUGUUCAACGAAGCACAUCUCUUCCUGAAAAGCUGCCGUGACGGAGACAGAAAUAUAACAGGAAAACAGCUUCAGUCUUUGAAGGAAUAUGUCAAAGAUAGUGAGGUCUGGGACACGAAAAUCAUCGCAAAAGAGGUCGGUAUACCGCUGUGUGAAGGGAUAUUGGCCUUCGAGAAUGGCGAAUAUGACAGAGCUGUAGAAAUACUCUAUCCUUUGCGGUACGAUGUUAUAAGAAUAGGUGGAAGCCAUGCGCAGAGAGAUGUAUUCAACCAUAUCCUGAUACACGCAACUUUGAAAUCGUCCAAUGCAAAACACCAUAGAUUGGGAAGAAUGCUGCUGAGCGAGAGAAAAGUUUCCAAGACGUGUGACAACUGGACUGACAGAAUGAUCGCCAGGUUCGUGGCAGAACAUGGACCAUAGUCAUUCCAUGACAAACAAGACUUGUUGCAGUCUCAUUGGAUGAACGGAAUAUAUUAAAUCUUAGCAAAAACUAAGGUUAACCACACUGUAAAGAUGUCAUUUUAUUGUUUUGUUAGAAUAAAAUUCAUGACUUUUA